CUGCGCAGGGGAUCAGACAUCGCUCAAGCCUUGACACGCUGACGUAUCCGUGGCGAUAGAAACCAAAGUUGAAAGGCAGACCGCGGAGGGUCCCGCCUCCUCUGAGGUCAUGCGAUGACAUCAUGACAUUCAAGACGCGCUUGCCUCCUUACUGUCCCUCAGAGAUCAGGAAAAACCAGUCGGUGAACAUUCUUCCUGUCUCUUCCCCCACCCCCUCUCUGUUAUUGUCUCUUGCUCUUUUUUUCUUUCACUCUUUCAUAUCCUCCCCUCACCAGCAGUCACUCACUAAUGCCCCGGUGAGAUUCACAGAUCUCCUUCUGUUGUUCCUCUUUAGCUCUUUUUUUAGCUCUUUUUUUAUUUGAUGCUGACUGAACCCCUUAUUCCAAACCAUGGGAGAACCUGUACCUUUCUCCAUCCUGAACGAGAGACUGAGGCCACGGUUCACUGCAAUGGAACGCCUCUGUUACUCUCUAGAUCCCCUGGACGAGGGAAUAAAGCGACCUGGCGCGGUCAGAGGCACUCUGACCACACACUCCCCAAUACUGAGAGACAAACCGCAAACACGGGACGAUUCAUGCUCGACCGCGACUGAGCCCGAAGAUGAAUCAGAGCAGGAAGACGUGAUUAAAGAAGGGUUGAGUCACGUGAUUGAAGAAGGCGAUGAUGGUCUUGAACCGUUGACCCUGGCAAUCGGUGACCGUUUGAUGCCGUCGCUAACCGUAGAAGGCGCUUCUCCUGAUGGUGAUGAGUUGACCGCGGUCAGUGAGAGUGUGAGCGUAGAGAACGACGGUCCAUCAGGUUUGUCCACGGUGUGUGAGGGAGAUGGUUCUGAAGCAACCGGUAAGGAUAACAACCCUCCCAGAUGGAACCACGUUGAAGGAACCUUACCGGACAUCAUCAGGAGUGGACGACAGCUCAACAGGCGGAGAACACUGGGGCCCGUAUCAGACACGUUGAAUGAAGUGCGUCGGGAGGUGGAGCUAUCCCGGAGACGCAGUCUGAGGCUAAAGGCUCAAGUGGACAAACUACAGGGGAAUAGAAACGGAUCAGGAUGGAGUCAAGAGAAAGAGAAGGUUACACAGGAGAUUCAGAGCGUUCUGAAGCUGUUGCUUCCUCUCGCCCAAGAUGACUCCAGCCUCGUACAGCCCUCUGGUCAGGAGGUCAGUCUGGAUACAUCCCUGGUCCUGCUGCUGAACAUAGCGCGCAAACUAGCUCUCAACCACAUGGCACAGGAUUCCAAGUCAGGGGUUGGGAUAGAAAGUGAUGUCGUUGACAGCGCUGUUCUCCAACAAGCACUGUGGGACAGAGACGAUGCCUUGGAGAAGAAGAAGGCGAUGGAGGCGGAGCUUCUCCGCAGUAAAACAGACAUGAUGUUACUGAACAACCAGCUGCUGGAGGCCGUGCAGAAACGACUGGAGCUCGCUGUGGAACUGGAGACAUGGAAGGACGACGUCCAGCUGAUCCUACAGCAUCAGCUCCAGAGCCAGCAGCAGCAGGCAGCUGAGGAAGCCCAGAGGAAGCCCUCCCGUCUGGGGCUGCUGAGAAGGACUAACAGACCCCCCAUCCAGAAGCCAGCCCCCAGCCCUGGUCCUGACCCCUUGACUUACAUGCCUGGAAAGGUCCUGCAUACCCCAGUGAGCAGCCCCGUCCCCUCCCCGCAACGUACCCCCGUCACCUGGAAGGACAGGCUGAAGAGGGGGAAGGGGUCAAAGGCGGGUCCUCGUACGGACCAGAAUGCAGCGCAGACAUCGCUGUCACUCAGCGGCAGCAGACAGGAGGACGGGUUUCAAAACAUAGACUUAUAAAUACACUGGGCGUUCCUCAGAAAAGAACAAUACUAUGGACUUCUAAUAAUCCUUCAUACACAACACUGUAUUCAUUUAAGGGAGUGACUUCAGUCAUAACGCUGUUAGCCAGGGACAGACCAACUCAUGCAUAGAUACACAAUCAUAGACAGAUAAAUUGUCCAAUCUACUAAUGCUGUGACAAUCUUUUGAAGGAAGACAUUCUUAAUAGCAUUAUGUCCACUGGUUGCCUGGAUACUAGCUCUGGGUUGGGAGAUUUUCCCCUCCAAUGGUAAAAUGUUAUUUUCUGUAAUGAGAAGCAGUCAUGUUGACUGUAUCAUGUCUCUGAUAAAGCAAUUAAAAUGUACUUCCAACUUUCA